AGAUGGGAAUUGAAGGGGUAGUUGUGCAAUAACAUGGGAAGCAGUUAAAAAUCAUUUUAUCAGGGUAAAAAAGUGGCUUUUAGGUGUCACUGACUGUGUAUAAAGCGUUGGAUGAGGCAUCACUUAAUUCCCAGGAAACUGAAAGAAAUUCCUCAGAUUCUGGCAGGAACAGGGUUGGACUCCACAGAUUCCUCAGAGGACGACCUUUAAAUCCAUAGAAAUCUGGUUUGGUUUGGGGUCAGACAGUUCGGAAAAUACCCCAAAAUUUCUGUUAUUUUACAAACUAGAGCAGCUUCAAACAUUCCCGGGAAAUGGAGCCUGAUGAAAGGUUGGAAAUGGGCCUUUAAGUUCAGGCUAUGAGUCCAUUUGGAGGUGUUCCCAUAAUUUUUGGGAUUUUUGGUGCAUGGAGACAAUUAGCCAUCAAAUCAGAGCAUGGAAUUUUAUGUGGAAACCAUUUUCAGGCAGUUCUUUAGGUUUGAGGUUAACUUUUGCUUAAUCUUGCCUUGCUUUUAUUGCCUGCUGAGGCCAGGAAUCAUUCUUGAAUUCCAGGUGCUUUGACUUGGAUCCAGCUCUGUUUGCUCCAUCGCUGUCCCAGCUUCUGACAGCCCAAAGGGUUUCAUGGAAAAUGAGGGUUGGGAUUUUAGCUCAGCUUCCUUCAAUCCAUGGUUUUGUUGAGGAUUUGGAGAUCGGUCCGAGGUUAGAUUAAAUAAUCUUGGAGCUCUUCACAAUAAUUCCAUGAUACUCAGUCCCCAAAGAGUUUCAUGGAAAAACAGUGUUGGAUUUUAAGCCCAGCUUCCCUCACUCCAUAGUUUUGUUGAGGAUUUGGAGGUCUGAGGUUGGAUGAGAUCAACUCGGAGCUCUUCCCAACCCCGGCAAUUCCGUGAAACUCCCGGCCCCCGGCCGCCGCAAACCGGCGGAAUUCCACCGCCCUGACGCGGUAUCUCGUUAGCAGGGAGAAGAAGGAUGGAGAGCAACCCCGUUCUGCUGGAAUCCAAGUCCUCCCCCAUCAACCUGCUGAACGAGAUGCAGCAGCUGCGGCUGCUGGGCCACCUGUGCGACGUCACGGUCAGCGUGGAGUACCAGGGCGUGCGCGCCGAGUUCCCGGCCCACAAAGCCGUGCUGGCCGCCACCAGCAAGUUCUUCAAGGAGGUUUUCCUCAACGAGAAGCCCGUGGACGGGCCCCGGAGCAGCGUGUUCCUCAACGAGGUGCAGGUGGCGGAUUUCGCCUCCUUCCUGGAGUUUGUGUACACGGCGCGCGUGGAGGUGGAGGAGGACAGGGUGCAGCGCAUGCUGGAGAUCGCCGAGAAGCUCAAGUGCCUGGAUCUCUCCGAGACCUGCUUCCAGCUGAAGAAGCAGAUGCUGGAAUCCGUGCUGCUGGAACUGCAGAACUUCUCAGAGUCGCAGAAUUCCGAGGAGGAGAGCACCGUCGCUCCCGAGCAGGAGCCUCCGGAUUCUUCCUUAGCUGCGCCCGAGGGGCCGGCUUCCAAACCCAAGGAGAAUGGGGAAAAAAAGAAGGAAGCGCCGAAGGCUCCUUACACCAAGAUCCGCAGGGCAAGCGGGCGGCUGGCCGGCAGGAAGGUCUUUGUGGAGAUCCCGAAGAAGAAAUACACCCGGCGGCUGCGGGAGCAGCAGCGGAACGCCGAGGAGGAAAAGGGCGAGCAGGAGCAGGAGGAGACCUCCGGCAAAGCCGAGGGAACCUCUGCGGAGAAGGCCGAGGAGGACAGAAAGCGACGCGGCGGCGGCGCCGCCGGCUUCAAGUGCGGCACGUGCCAGAAGGAAUUCCUGUACGAGAAGAGCUUCCUGAAGCACGUGCAGCAGAGCCACGGCGCAGCGCCGGCGGCGCCGGAGUUCCGCUGCGAGACGUGCGCGCAGACCUUCGCCAACCGCUGCAACCUGCGCAGCCACCAGCGGCACGUGCACAGCAGCGAGCGCCGCUUCCCCUGCGAGCUCUGCGCCAAGCGCUUCAAGAGGAAGAAGGACGUCCGCAGGCACGUGCUGCAGGUGCACGAGGGCGGCGGCGAGCGCCACCAGUGCCACCAGUGCGGCAAGGGGCUCAGCUCCCGCACGGCGCUGCGCCUGCACGAGAGGACGCACACGGGCCACAAGCCCUACGGCUGCCCCGAGUGCCAGGCCAAGUUCUCGCAGCCCUCGGCGCUCAAGACGCACAUGAGGAUCCACACGGGGGAGAAGCCCUUUGUGUGUGAUGAGUGUGGGGCCCGCUUCACCCAGAACCACAUGCUCAUCUACCACAGGCGCUGCCACACAGGGGAAAGGCCUUUCAUGUGUGAAACCUGUGGGAAGAGCUUUGCCUCCAAGGAAUACUUGAAACACCACAACCGGAUCCACACGGGAUCCAAGCCCUUCAAGUGUGAGGUUUGCUUCCGGACCUUUGCCCAGCGGAAUUCCCUGUACCAGCACAUCAAAGUCCACACAGGGGAGCGGCCGUACUGCUGCGACCAGUGCGGGAAGCAGUUCACGCAGCUGAACGCGCUGCAGCGGCACCACCGCAUCCACACCGGCGAGAAACCCUUCAUGUGCAACGCCUGCGGCAGGACCUUCACCGACAAAUCCACGCUGCGCCGCCACACCUCGAUCCACGACAAAAACACCCCUUGGAAGUCCUUCCUGGUCAUCGUGGAAGGAGCCUCAAAGAACGACACGGAAGGGCACAAAACGGAGCUUCCCGAUGAGGACUACGAAGUGUCCCCCAAAAUCCCAGAAAAGCUGCUGUCCUUCCCAGAGAACAGCUCCUACCAGAGCAUGGCAGCAGUCCCAGGAAGUGGGAAUUCCAGCACGGACUGUAAGGCCUCUGGAGCACAGGAAGCCCUGCUGGGAGAACUCACUGUGCUCCACACGCAGAUGGACUCUGGGCAGUCCCAGCUCCAUGCCCUGGUGAACAUGGAAUAAUUUGGGAUUGCCUCCUGCUCCUGAGGGUGCACCCCCUGUACAGUCCUUGGCCUGAGGGAGGCCGGUGGUGGGAAGCUGGGAAGGAGAGGAUUUUCAGCUUUCCUCUGGAAAUUCCUUCCCCAGCUCCAUUUCCUGAUGGUCAGGCAGGGUGGCACCACACCAGGGAAUUUGUGGGAGUUGAUUGCUUGGGAAUUCAGGGGGUGGCUCAGGUACCUUGGUGGUGCAGGUUUUCCAGGGAAUUGAAUGCCACAUGGACAAUCAGGAGAACCGAUGUUUCUCCAUGACAUUCGCUGUGUUUUCCCCAGUGGAAUUUCAUCCAGGAAAAGUCUGGCUAAAUUUGCUUUUCAGGAAUUGUUGGUUUUUCUCUGUUUUUGCCAAAGAUCCCAAAGAGAGGGAGCAGCUUUGGAGUUUGGAGUCUCUGAGCAGCAAAAAGGGGCAGGUGGCAGCCAAGUGCUACUUCCUUGGUUUUGCAAUUCCAUGGAAACCGGAGUAGUCUGGCACUUGGGUCCUGUCAGUUCUCACCUUCCAGAUGCUCCAGCUCCCAUGGAAUUGGGCAUUUAGGAGACCAAAACAUCUCCUAGAAUGAAAUCUGAGGAAGGCUCAGUUCAGAGGCUUUUCCUGUGCUAUUUUAGUGGACUAGGAUUUGGGGGAAUUUCCCCUGGACAGGGAAGGAGUCUUGGAGUGUUGUCCAGCUGGGCUGACUCAUGGGUUUUUUUUUGGUUUUUUUUUUUUUUCACAACAGCAACUCACGUGGCUAUGAUUUAAUGCUUCAAACCUCGGGAUGGGCUUCCCAGUGUAAAAACCCACAGCUUUUCCCAUUCCUUUGCCUGUUCCUGUAGUAUUCCCACAGCAAUUCCUCAGCUGAAGCUGCAAGCAGAACUUUGGGAAUGGUAAGCACAAUCCAGCCUUGGUGAGAUCCAGCAAUAAAGACCCCCCCCCCUCUCCCCACCUGUGGCACAGAGCUAUUUUUUGGGAUAAAAGGAUGGCAGAGGCAUUCUCAUGGAAUUCUAAGCUGGAAAAAAGGGAAUUUUUAUACCAGAGGACAUUUCCAAGAGGUUAUAUUUGAGAUAUUUAUUCCUGCUGGAGCUCAGUUAUGCCCAGUGGAAGGAAAAGGGCUGUAGAUAUAUUUAAAGGCUGAGCAGUUGGAUCUGGAGCCGGGGAAUGUUUUGUACUCUGGGAACAUAUGGAAGCGAGUUGCUUGUUUGAGCUGUUCCUAUUAAAAUAUGGAAUGUGGAGACCUC